AUGCACCUGGCAGAAAUAUGUUUGAUUAAAAAGCUUUCUUACCUCUUUGCUUUUAAAUUGCAGGUUGUACGCACCAACCAGUGUGCUGGCGAGUUCGUCAUCACCUUCCCCAGAGCCUAUCACAGUGGCUUUAAUCAGGGAUAUAACUUUGCUGAAGCUGUCAACUUCUGCACUGCAGACUGGCUACCUGCUGGCCGAUCCUGUAUUGAGCACUACCGCCGUCUAAGGAGGUAUUGUGUAUUCUCCCACGAGGAGCUCACCUGUAAAAUGGCUGCCAGCCCAGAGAAACUAGAUCUUAACCUGGCCGCAGCCACACACCGGGAAAUGUUUAUUAUUGUUCAGGAGGAGAGGAAGCUGCGGAAGGGACUGAUGGAACGGGGGAUCACCGAAGCAGAGCGCGAGGCAUUUGAGCUGCUGCCUGACGACGAGCGACAGUGUGAUAAAUGCAAGACCACAUGCUUCCUUUCUGCUUUGGCGUGUUCGAAAUGCCCCGAGCGUCUGGUGUGUCUCUAUCACACUCAGGAUCUGUGCAACUGCCCCACUGAAAAACUCUACCUCAGGUACAGAUAUACCCUGGAUGAGUUGCUGGCCAUGCUUCACCGGUUAAAGGUUCGAUCUGAGUCUUUUGAUUCCUGGGCCAACAGAGUGAAAGAGGCACUUGAGCAAGAAGAAGGAAACAAGAUAGGAAUUAAUGACCUGGAAUUGCUGAAGACGGAGGCGUCAGACAAAAAGUUUCCAGACAACGAACUUCUCCGGAGACUCAACACAGUUCUUAAAGACAUAGAGCGCUGCCAACAGACGAGUAAUGAACUCCUGGAUGAGUCAAAGAGCAGUAAAAAUAAGAUGACCUUGGCAGAGCUGAAGUCCUUGGUAGAGACGAUGCACAAUCUGCCCUGUGUGAUGAACAAGUUGGAGGAAGUGCAGGCGGUGCUGCAGACAGUAGAGGAGUUCCAGAGCCAGGCUCAAGCAUUGGUCAGUGACAGGGACUGGAGGAGGGACUCGCCACCACCAGAGCGAUUGCAGACAUUGUUGGAGGAGGGUGGCAAGCUGCCCGUUAUGGUGCCAGAGUGUGAUUUGCUUCAGGGCCUGAAGGAGCAGGGCCACUGGCUGGCAGAGGUGAGGUGCACCCUGGGCACAGAAGGAGGUGAGAGGCAGGAGGUGACGUUGGAUGUGUUAAGGAUCCUGAUGCAGGCAGGUUGCAAUGUGCCCCAGAGUGUAUCUGUGGAGACGGCCAUGGCAGAGCUUCAGGAGCUGCUCACAAUCGCAGAGCGUUGGGAGGAGAAAGCAGAAAUCUGCCUCGAACAAAGUCAAAAACACCCCCUCUCCACCCUGGAGGCAAUUGUGAACGAGGCCCAGCUUAUCCCGGUCAAGCUUCCAAACAUUCUGUCUCUACAGGGCUGUCUCACACGAGCACGGGCCUGGGUGACGGACUUGGAUGAAAUCCAGAAUGGGGAGCAUUACCCGUGUCUGGAUGACCUGGAGGGCCUGGUGGCUAUUGGAAGGGAUCUGCCAGUUUUCAUGGAGGAGCUAAGGCAGCUGGAGCUGCAGGUGGCCAGCGCUCACUCCUGGAGGGACAAGGCCACCAAGACCUUCCUGAAGAAGAGCAGUCAGCACAGUCUGCUAGAGGUAUUAUGUCCGUGUGCAAAAAGGAGAGAGAGGCGAGGUGGGACGGAGGCCUUGGAUGAUAUUUUGGAUGAUUCUGAUUCCAACACUCUGGGCCUCUCUGCUCAGGACCUGAGGGAUCCUGCCGCGAUUGUGAUGGCGUUCAAAGAAGGAGAGCACCAGGAGAAGGAAGCACUACUGAGGUUACAGAAACUGAACAUAUGUAAAUCUGGACUUAAUGCUUCAAGUUGCAAGGAGAACGGGAGGUGGGACGAGACCAUGGAGACAGACAAAUCCAGCCACUCAGAGAACUCUGUAAAAGAGAAUGGCAACAGUAACCACACCUGCACCACCCCCCCUGUGACGGUGUGUGUGUGUGCCGGGCAGCCCCGUGCCCCUCAGCUCCGCUGCCAUCUGUGUAAGGACUGGUUCCAUGGUGGCUGCGUUCCUUUCCCCUCCCUGCUCCCCUCCUCUGGACUGCUGACUAACCCGCUCUGCUGGUGGGACUGGGAAGCGCGUUUCUUGUGUCCGCAGUGCGAGCGGUCACGGCGCCCACGCCUGGAGACUAUCCUGGCAUUACUCGUGGCCCUGCAGAGGCUGCCGGUGCGUCUCCCUGAAGGAGAGGCCCUGCAGUGUCUCACAGAGAGGGCCAUCACCUGGCAGGGCCGAGCUAAAGAGGCGCUGGAGACGUCCGAGCUGCAGCAGGCUCUUCAGAAGCUGCAGGAACUCAAAGAGACUCUGCACAGUGAAGCAGGGAAAGAUGAAGACAUGGAAAAGAAGACCGGAAAGAGCUCCGUCAUAGUUUUGUCAGAUUCCGAGGGAGGCGAAGGAGAGGAUGGAGUCAUUGAUCUGACGGCAGAGAAUUCACCUAAAAAGAAAACCAAUGAAAGCAAUGGCACUCAGGCUGGAUGUGAAAAUGGCACCAGCAAGAAGUCAAACGUUACAGGUGUGGGGUCUCUGCUGCCCCUGCUGCCUCUGCUGAAGGGCCAGGUGGUGGAGCUUUCUACGGCCACCAGGAACCAUCUGGAGGAGCUGCAGCUGGAGGGAGAUCUGCUGGAGGUGUCUCUGGACCAGACUCACAUCAUCCACCGAGUUCUCCAAGCUUCCUCUGUCCCACCUAAAGACUCACUGCACACACUCAUUCAGAUUGAGCUUGAAGAGCAGAGACGAACCAGCCGCAGCCGAGCCAAGGACUCCAAAAGGAAGAGGAAGAGCCACAGAGGCGGCUGUGGGGACGUGGCAGGCGAACGGUCACUGGACGCCUCUGAGUCAAAGAAAACCUGUCCCCUCAGCCACAGCCCUUCUCCUCACUUACCUGACCAGACUCGCCCAGAGAUUUUGUGAUGUAGUCAACGCUGGAGCUCUGUGUGAGAGGAUCUGCAGAGGAGCUGAAGGGACAGAACAUUCUGUGCCAGAAAACCGUGUCAAGUUAUAGAAAGAUGCAGGACAUCCCCCCCUCCUCCUCCACCCUCCACCCCUUCUCAUCCCUCAUCGAUCCAUUCAGACAUAAACAGAGAGACGACUCUUCUACACUCCAUUGCCUCAUUCAUUACUCCUUCAGACUCGCUGCCCAUACCCAGACUUUAUCCUCAUCCUCCUCCUUCGAAACCCAUCUUCCCCUUGAACAUAUUAAAAGACUGUGUUGGACCGACGUGGGACUUAACGUAAUAGGAAUGUUCAUUGGUCUAGAGUUGUCUCUGGUCAGUCAGUAUGCUAUGUUAUCCCAAUUGUAUUAAAUGCUUGUUCAAACGAAGCCUGGCUCAGCACCGGUGGUUUUCACUUCACUUGAACCCACCCGUUGGACGUCGGAUAAGCUAUUUGGUUCGUUUAGACAGUUCUGUUCCCCUGACGCUGACGUACAGCAGGUUUUGACGGCUGAUCUUGGAAAACAGCACCGUGGUUACACUUGUAUUUUUUUAGUUGUAUUGACUCUUGUGUUUAAUGCCGUUUUGAGGGGAUAUGCAUUUUGAAUAAACAGAGUAAAUUUUGGGAAGUGUUAUAAACAGGCAUUAAUGUUUUUGGUGCUACUUUCCCAAAAUGGAUAUCUGUACCUCCUGUUUUGUCUCAUCUCCCUUCCCUCCAUUUUUUUUAAGCUCUUCUUCUUGACUCCAUCUUUUUAUUCCUUUUCAACUUGACCUCUUUUUCUUCUCGCCCGCCCUCCCUCAUUCUCUCUCUUUGCAGAUUAAGGUAACUUCACUGUAACUCACUUUGUCACAAAUUAUUUUGUUUCCUGGGUUCAAAUUAUAUUAUUAUUAUUAUUAUUAUUGAUAUUGCAGACACACAGUUGUCGUGAGUUUGUGUAUAAACUUUUCAUUUAAUGUUGCCUUUGUUUCUUUUCACUCUUGUUAGAAAAAUAAAGGUUUAGAAUUGUU